GCAGAAGCAUGCGGUGGUACCUUCUCCUGAUCUGGGCCCAGGGCCUGAGGCAGGCUCCCCUCCCAGCCUCAGGAGCUGUGUCAGGCAGGAUCACAACAACGGGGAACGUUUCUGUGGAGGAAGGUGGCUCCGUCACCUUGCAAUGCCACCUCUCCUUAACCACUGCCAAAGUGACUCAGAUCAACUGGGAGCAGCGGGACCAACUACUGGCCGUUUGUCAUGCUCACUUGGGGUGGCACAUCUACCCAGCCUUCAGGGAGCGAGUGGCCCCAGGCCCCAACCUGGGCCUCACCCUGCAUUCGCUGACCCGGAAUGACACAGGGGAAUACUUCUGCACCUAUCACACCUACCCUGAUGGGAUUUACAGAGGGACAGUCUUUCUGGAGGUCCUGCAAAGCUCAGUGGCUAAGCGCAGCGCUGCGUUCCAGGUCCCACUGCUGGGAGCCACGGCCACCGGACUGGCAGUCAUCUGCGUGGCAGUGGUCAUGGUGGUCACAUUAACCAAAAAGAAGAAAUCUCGUCCAGUCCAUUGUGCGGAAAGUGGCCUAAGGACCGUGGCACAUGAGCAGGAGGAAUGGAAUGCCCGCAUUCUGUCGUUGCCUGGAAGUGGCGGCGAGGCAGGGACGGCACCCGUGGGCUGCUACCUGGAGCAGAGGGGAGAUGCCUAUGCCGAGCCUCAUGACUACUUCAAUGUCCUGAGUUACAGGAGCCUUGAAAGCUUCAGUUUCCUGGCCGAGACUGUUUAGGGGCCAGA